AGUUCUAGAAACGCCUCCCAGCCGCCACUGCGCUUCCAACAUGGAGGAGUUGCGGGUCGAGGUGCGCGGCUCCAACGGGGCCUUUUAUAAGGCAUUUGUGAAAGAUGUCUGCGAAGAUUCUCUCGCCAUUACCUUUGAGAACAAUUGGCAGCCAGGACGCCAGAUUCCCUUCUGUGAUGUGCGAUUACCACCUCCUCCUGAAUACAAAAAGGACAUUGGUGAAGGGGAUGAAGUUGAGGUUUACUCCAGAGCAAAUGAGCAAGAGCCCUGUGGGUGGUGGCUUGCCAAGGUUCGGAUGAUGAAAGGAGAAUUUUACGUGAUCGAAUAUGCUGCCUGUGACGCAACGUACAAUGAGAUUGUUACCUUUGAACGGCUACGACCUGUGAACCCAAACAAGACGAUCACAAAGAAUACUUUCUUCAAGUGUACCGUCGAAGUCCCUGAUGAUUUAAAAGAAGCUUGUGCAAAUGAAAACAUCCACAAGGAUUUCAAGAAGGCAACUGAAGCAGACUGCAUUUUUUAUAGCCCUGAAAGUGGUCAAUUGGUGGCUCUGUCUACCAAAGAAGCCACGGUGAAGAGAGUUAGCAUUCUGAGUGACAUGCACUUGCGUAGCAUCCGAACAAAGCUGAUGCUCGUGUCCAGGAAUGAGGAGGCCACAAAGCAUUUAGAGAGCACCAAGCAGCUAGCAGCAGCGUUCCAAGAGGAAUUCACAGUCCGCGAGGAUCUGAUGGGACUAGCGAUCGGAACCCAUGGCUCCAAUAUCCAGCAAGCCAGAAAGGUUUCUGGGGUCACAGCAAUUGAACUCGACGAAGUAACUGGCACAUUCAGAAUUUAUGGAGAGUCUGAAGAGGCAGUCCAAAAGGCUAGAAAUUACCUGGAGUUUGUGGAGGAUUCAGUGCAAGUGCCCAGGGAUUUAGUCGGAAAGGUUAUUGGCAAAAAUGGGAAAGUUAUUCAAGAGAUUGUGGAUAAGUCUGGCGUCGUCAGAGUGAGGAUUGAAGGCGACAAUGAUAGCAAGCAACCGAGAGAAGAGGGGAUGGUCCCUUUCACGUUUGUUGGAACAAAGGAAAGCAUCGGAAAUGUCCAAGUCCUGUUGGAGUACCACAUCUCUUACCUGAAGGAAGUGGAGCAGUUGAGAAUGGAGAGGCUGCAGAUUGACGAGCAGCUGAGGCAGAUUGGGAUGGGAUUCAGACCUGCGUCCGGCCGCCCAGAGAAGGACAAGGGCUACAUGACAGACGAGAGCACAGCUUCCUCCCUGCACGCCAGCCGGUCCUACCGUGGCCGAGGGCGCAGAGGUCCGAAUUAUACAUCUGGUUACGGAACAAAUUCAGAACUGUCCAACGCGUCGGAGACGGAAUCGGAGCGAAGGGACGAGUUGAGCGAUUGGUCGCUUGCCGCGGAGGACGAUCGGGACACCAGGUCUCAGCGUGACAGCCGGCGGCGGCCCGGGGGCGGGAGAGGACGAGGGGGGGGACAGAGCAACCGAGGCCGGGGAGCACCGCGAGGGGGCAGCUCCUCAAUCAGCUCAGUGCUCAAGGAUCCAGACAGCAAUCCCUAUAGCUUGCUGGACAACACCGAGACCGAUCAGACAGCGGACACUGACGCUAGCGAAUCUCACGGCAGCUCCAGUCGCCGCAGGAGGUCACGCCGACGUAGGACAGAUGAUGAUGCCACCAUGAUCGACGGAAUGACUGAAUCUGACAGCGCUUCUGUCACCGAGAACGGUUUAGAUGAUGAGAGGAAACCGCAGCGACGCAAUCGCAGCCGCCGGCGACGCUUGCGUGGUCAGAUCGAGGGCUCCCCGAGCAUGGACAGGCAGCCAGUAACCGUGGCUGAUUAUAUCUCUCGCGCCGAAUCUCAGAGCCGACAGAGAGUGCAGCCCGCGGAGACUCUCACAGCGAGCAAAAAAGCAACCAUCUCGGUACAAGAGGACGUGAUUGACGAGCUGGCUCCCGCUGACAAGACAAUGAACGGGACAGGCAACGCCUCUGGGGACGAGGCUCCAACAUGCAAGGAUUCCAAGGAAAGAAACCAACAGAGAAAGCACCAAGGAAACGGAACGCAGCAGCAGCAGCAGCAGCAACAAGUUGUGGUGAACGGCGUUUCUUAAACAUUGCCCAAUCCUUGUCCAGUUCUGCAUAAAUCACAUUUUUCUAAUAGUGCUUGUAAAAGCUUGCCAAAGAUAGAAUAAGGUCUGCUAGACUUUACAGUGCACUCUUUUUUUCCUAGUUCCUCCGUAUUGGAAUGGAGACGGGGAGGGUUGGUUCUUGAACAAAAAAAAAACACUUGUACAAAUUGGUUUUUCACCUAGUUUUAAGUUCUCGAUACAUUAUCAGAUGUUGUGCCUUCAGACAGUAGAUGCAGAAUUACAAAAAGAUAAAGAGCUGGCUGGUUGUAGGAAAUGUUUUUGAAAAGUAUAAAAAAAAGUUAAAUUUUCAGAAUAUUCUGGAGAUGGAGAUCACUGACCUAUUUACCGUAAUGUAUGUUAUGGCAUUAAAAAGCAUUAGCUGCUUUCUCUUGUUGUGUUUCUCCUGAUAUGCAACCACUUUUCCUUCGUCCGAGAGAGAGAGGGAGAGAGAGAGAGAAAAAAAAACGAUAGAAAAUGCAGUUUCGAAAAAAAAAGAAAAAAAAAAUGUUUUUGCACUGAAUUGUAAAUUUAACAUUAGGGAAUGCUAGGUGACACUGGUCUGGAUACUGGUCAAUUUUACUAAAUCUGUGUAGGUUUUUUUUAAAAUGCUGUAUGUACGAUAAAACUUGCAGACCACUGGAGAAAACUUAACUCGCGUGCAUCUAUCUAUCUGUACAUCUGCAGGGACAUGGGGGAUGGAUGUCAUUGGCAGUGACUGUUUCACACACACACAAAAUAAGGAGCUUUGUUUGGUUUAUUUAUUAAUAACUGUACAGUAUUUAAAAAUCAAGCAAUGCUUUGGAUGUUACACUAAACCGGUUGUAGAUGUCAUUGCCAAAAUAAUCCAACUACUGUAAGAUCAAGUUCCAGAGAAACCAUUUUCCAUGUAAUUGGUUGAGUCCUUUAGAGUAUUUUUUAUUUUCAGUUUUUGGUUGGUUGAUGUGCAAUAUGUUUUGUAUGCAGUUAGUUGAUAAAUAAAGUUUGAUCUUCCAUCUUCUGACAUAAAA